AAACACUGCAAUCCUGUAUAAAUGCGCUAUGCCCAUGCCCACCGGCAACUAGUCUUUCGUUAUAAAUCGGGUCGGAAAACAUUCGUUAAUCCCGCCCACUCUCGCCGAGAACAAAACGCAACGCGUUCUCACCUGGCUCGCUUGCUGCGCCCCGAAACUCAGGCCAUCGGAACGAAACAUCGGUAUGAUUCCAUCCUGAAAAGUUGGGAGGAACAAAAGGGUUGCGAAAAAGACCUUUAUCAAUAUUUACCAAAGAAACUAAAAAAGACAUUGUCAAGGUUGUCAGAGAUUUGCUCGGUGCAGCCGGAAUGAGGCCAAGCCACGCGCUUAUUCCUGCAUCAGCCGCGCUGCUCUGCCUCCUCGCGGGGUUGUCACUGACCGCAGCCUGCAAUAAAGCGCUGUGCGCCAGUGACGUCAGCAAGUGCCUAAUUCAGGAGCUGUGCCAGUGCAGGCCGUCGGAGGGAAACUGCUCCUGCUGUAAGGAGUGCAUGAUGUGUCUGGGCACACUGUGGGAGGAGUGCUGUGACUGCGUGGGAAUGUGUAACCCCAAAAACUACAGCGACACACCAGCCUCAUCCAAGAGCACAGUGGAGGAGUUGCAGCAGCCAAUCCCGUCGCUGUUCCGGGCGCUCACAGAGGGCGAAGCCCUCAUUAACAUGAUGGUGGUCUCCUUCCCCGUGGCGGAGGAGCUCUCCCACCACGAGAACCUCGUGUCCUUCCUGGAGACGCUUGAUGAGCAGCACCAAAAUGUCUCGCUGCCCGGCAACAGUGUUCACGCCAAUUAUGACAGUACACAAGAUAACAUGUGCACGGUGGUGUACUUCGACGACUGUGUGUCCAUUCGACAGUGCAAGCUGUACUGCGAGUCCAUGGGCGGGUCCAAGUACCGCUGGUUCCACAACGCCUGCUGUGAGUGUAUUGGGCCAGAGUGCCUGGACUAUGGAAGCAAGGCUGUCAAGUGCAUGAACUGCCUGUUCUGAGGCCUAGGACCUGAGGUUGGGAGUUGGGGGGGGUCGUGGGGUUGGGGGAAUUGGGGGUGUGGGAGGGGGGGUGUGGGUGCAGGUUGGGGGGGACUCAACUCGCAUGGACAGUCUAAGCUGCCGGGAACACUCAUAAUGUGCUUCAGUAUCAUCUUGUAAAAUAUGUGGCCUUAUUUUUUUAUUAUGAUAAGUUUCACUGUAUAUUUUAGAUUUUUUUAAUAGGUUCUAUCAGAGAUGUAUGUGGAAAGUGCAUUUUCCCCCAGGAAUUCUAUUCUUGCAUAGCUUUGAAGUGCUCAUUUACGCUAUGCCAAAUAAAAUACUUUGGUGACUGUU